UUGAUUGAGAAAAAUUGUUCACUUUUAAGACCAAUUGUUGUGUCGAGUUCCAUAAUUGCAAAUUUGUGUUCGAUUUGCAAUAAAACAGUUGCUAUUUGUAAGAAGUUUAAUUUGAAGAGACAGUAUGAUACAAAUCAAAAGUCAAAAUUCGAUUGUUAUACUGAAAAAAUAAGAAUCGACACAUUGCCAUCUUUAAAAUUUAAACUUCAAGGGUUGCUAAGAAUUGGAAACCAUCUGAAUUUGGAUACGAUUGGUGGGAUUAUAAUCUGCGAGUUGUGUGGAAAAUUAUAUACGACACAAAUCGAAUUCUUCUGGCACUUUUCUACAUGUCGUUGUAUGAACAAAAAGUUUUACCAGAAUAAUAAACGUAAAAAAAGGCGAACAACAGAUCCUGCUGUUAACAGAAAUCUUAACGAGAACGAGAAAAAUGAAAUAGUUGAAGACAGUGGGAAAAAGAAAAAAAAUUUCAGAAACUCCCAUAAUUCCAAGUCAAGUUUAUACGAUGGUCAGAAAUUGAAGAGAAAUGAUUUAAACGCAAGAAAUAAAUUAUUCAAAUGUGACAUUUGCUCAAAAAUUUUAUCUCGAAAAAGUUAUUUGAACAAACAUAUGUUUAUUCAUACAGGAGAAAAACCUUUUAAAUGUAAUAUUUGUGCCAAACCGUUUUUACAAAAACGUUAUUUGAAUACACAUUUGCAAAGUCAUACAAGAGAAAACCCAUUCAAAUGUGAAAUUUGUUCGAAAACUUUUUCACGAAAAAGUUGUUUGAACAAACAUUUAUUUAUUCAUACAGGAGAAAGGCAUUUCAAAUGUGAUGUUUGUUCGAAAUCGUUUCCAGAGAAACCUCAGUUGACUAUACAUUUGCGUACACACACAGGAGAAAAGCCCUAUAAAUGUGACAUUUGUUUGAAAACUUUUUCGCAGAAAAGCAAUUUGAAUGUACAUUUGCCGAAGCAUUCAGCAGAAAAACCGUUCAAAUGUGACAUUUGUUUUAAAUCAUUUCCUUAUAAAAAUUAUUUAGCUAUACACAUGCGUAUUCACACAGGAGAGAAGCCAUUCAAAUGUGACAUUUGCUCAAAAGCUUUCUCAAGCAAACCUCUUUUGAAGAAGCAUUUGCUUACUCACAAAGAAAAAAAGCCAUACAAAUGUGAUAUUUGUUCGGAAACUUUCCCGCACAAAUACGGCAUGACAAUUCAUUUGCGUAGUCACUCAGAAGAAAAUCCAUCCAAAUGUAACACAGGAGAGAAACCAUUCAAGUGUGACAUUUGUUCUAAAACUUAUUCACAUAAACAAACUUUGAAUUUACAUAUGCUCAAUCACUCAGGAGAAAAACCUUUCAAGUGUGAUAUUUGUUCGAAAACUUAUUCGCAUAAACAAACUUUGAAUUUACAUAUACGUAAUCACACAGGUGAAAAACCAUUCAAAUGUCACAUUUGUUUCGAUUCUUUUAUAAAAAAAUAUAGUUUGGAAAUACACUCUCGCAUUCAUACUCUAAUAAAACCAAUACAAAAGUGACCUAUAUUCAAAACAAAUGUGUAUAGUUGAAGUUUGACAAAGGGUUGGCGGCUCUACCAACCAAUGCCUUUGCUAAAAGUCACUUCUGAGUUCGCAAAUUCCAACUAUAGUAUAUAGAAAUAUGGCGGGUAGAGGUAAGGAAUACCAUCUCAUAUGGGAGCUCAGCUUAAAAACUGUCCGCUUGUAGACGGUAAAUUAUAUUUCAAAAUUUAACCACAGUGGCGCUCCAGUCGGACGAGAUAUCAUAUGAUCGUUCAGUUCAGUCUUCCGUCCGCCUUAUUUGAAUAUGCAGUGUUAAAAAAUUUUAAAUGACUAAAGUCGUCGCUUUAUUUAAAAUUUACUCUUAUGUUAUAUUAGCGCCUCUGUAACGUAAAGGAUUUGAUUGACACUUUCUGUAGCACAGAGAUGGUUCUCUUUACUUCACUUUCACAUUAUUAACUUCGAAAAAACUUUAUUUUACACAAACUAUUUAUAGAAUGAUUACAAUUUACUGUACAUGACCACAACUGACUGACUAAAAAAUGAGUUUACUUUUAUAUUAAUGCUGAUGCACUGUAAUUCCGUGGAAAGAGCAACUCAUCGGUUUCUGUGGAAAUAGUCGAGAUAAUUCUACCCUCCAUAUAUAGAAAUACAUUAUAACCUAACCUAACCUAACACAUGUCAUGAUAUAAUACAUUUGUUGUCCUUCAAUACAUAUGAUGAGAGACAGAGUGAGGCACUAGGACAAAAUAUGAAAUGUCUCAAAUAUACAUGUAAGACCUCGUAUUUCUUCUAAGUUGUUUGCGGAAGUAUCAACUGCAUAAAAAUUGCAAAACUCAGCAAAAUCGCCGAUAUUAUUAAAAGAAUCCAAAUAAAAUUCAGUUUUAAAACACGCUUUUGUUCUAUACCAACACAUCUUUUAUUGAAAUUUUUUAUAAUUGUCAUGAUAAAUAUUUUUUGAAAAACUACAUCGGGUUAUCAAAUUUAUUAAUCACAACUAUAAGAAAAACUUGGGAUUGUUGUCUAAAUAUACAUGAAAUAUUACUUUUUAAAGGAUUUAUCUUCAACUGCAUCAAUUAUUAAUUGAUCAUUCAUUAUAAAACAAUUUUAUUUAUUGAAAUAAUAAUUAAGAGUAAAGUUAAACAAUUACUACCAACAUAAAUUUCCAAAGAUUUUUCAUGUUACUGCUGAUCAGAAACGUUAGUUAUUUUUUGAAGAGUUGAUUCAAUAAUUUUAUCAAGUUUUAUUCAAAGUAUUUAUAUAGUUUUUAUUUCUCGUAUAAAAUUCGUGAUUUCAUGGUACAUUCGUGAGAAUUUUUGGCUUAGACCUACGGUCUUCUAUAAACUUCUAAGUAUCGAUGACUUCAAAAUGGUGGCUUGCGUAACUACACACUGAGACUAUAUUAGAAAAAUAGAAGAAGAAUAUAUGCUCACUUUCAGUACGUACUAUAAUUUUUGUUGUUAUAACCUCAAUUGAAUUCGUAAUGUGAUACAAUAGAUAUGGAACAGACAGUUAUUAAGGACGAAAUCGAGAUUCACGAUGAUUUUAUUUGCAAUACGAAAGUUAAACAAGAAUUUAAUGAUGAAAUGCCUAGUACCGCAUAUCAAAAUGUAAAUACAAGUAGUGUGCAUCAUAUUAAAGAAGAAAUAAGUGACGACUUAGAAACAGUUCGAGAAUUUGAAAAAUCUAUGGUCACCAUAAAAAAAGAGGAAAGCUGUAAUACUUUUGAUAAACUCAGCACUCAAAACAAAAUGGAAUAUAUGAGUAUAGAAACUAGAAAGCCAACUAAAUCACAAGGUGAGUUACACUCAUUGAUUUGCUAUUUAGAUGUAACAAAUUCAUGAUAAUAUUUUUGUAGAUUUUUAUUUUCCUUAAUACUUCAGACAUUUUAAAUACUGUUUAUUUGAGAAUAAUCAGAAUAAAGUAUUUCAGUUAUUUCUUCAACUUUAAACAGGUCCUUUAUUCUUCUUGAUUCCAAUCUUUAGAUACCAAUUUUGAAAUUUUUUGCUCAUUAAGUUCUUGCAUUCUCUUAGUUUAUGAUAACUUUAAAUAGCAUCACUUGAGUAUUACAAAGACAGAAAAGGUGAAAUUUGCUUGGCAGUGCACAUACCUGAAUUAUACAUCAUUUUUUGUUACAAUUCUUUUCCCUAUUUUCCUACUCUAGUCCCUAAUGCGUCCUCAAAUUACAUGAAAUCUGUUGAGGUACUAGACAGUAAACAAAAUGGUAUUCCUACAUCCAGCAUAAUUUAUUCUGUGUUGAUGUCUUUAGUUUCUAUCACCGGUGUUUUCAUUGUAGUUGGUUUAAAAAAAAUUAGAAUUAUAAUACCAGGUGUAUUUAAAAAAAAAACUAAAUGUUUAAAAUUAGAAUCAUUAAACAUAUUGUUAUUGGGUUGAACACCAUCACUUUCAUCAGAGAAGAUGUAAUUCUAUAUUUAUUCUAGAGAUAAGAGGUACCAAUUUCAUUGAACUGAGAGCUUUGUUGGGGCUCUUAUUAUAUGGAGCAACAUUCAAGGUUAACAGAGCUUUUUUUGGGGGGCAUAUAUUAUUUGCGUUGAAGAAAUGCUUGCCAAGUUCAGAGGAAGGUGUAAAUUCAAAGUAUACAUACUGAGAAAACCUGCUAGGUUUGGCAUUAAAAUGAUGAUGCUUUGAGAUGCUCGUCUCUCAUAUUGCUACAAUGCAUAUAUAUUCAAAGGUAAACAUUCUAAUGAUUAUGGACUAAUAUAUUUUUGGUACCAACUGCAAUGUGAUAGGGGACAAUUGGUUCCUCUCAGUUCCCUUAGGAAAUAUUCUUUCCAAAAAAGGUUUAACAUAUCUUGGAACUUUGGCCAACAAGGCACUGCAAGAAGGGUUGCGUUUAGGCAUAUGUAGAGUUUUAAAAGUGGAAACGCCCCAGGAGUCCCUCCUUAACCAACAAAAUCCUGUAGGAAAAAAGUAAAAGAAAAAGAUGUUACAAUGUGAGUUGUAGAAAAUGCCAAUAGCCAAUUUGUAACGAGUGUGCAAUGAAAGUUUGUAAGAACUGUGUAUAGCAGUAUUUGGGGCUAGAAAAAAAAACUUUUUCUUCCACAUUUUUUUUGCAAAUAGGUUAUUUUAGUUUUUCUUCACAACCUUAAGACUUGACAAACGUAGAAAAAAACUUGAAAUGAUUUGUUCUUUGUGUAUUUUAGAAUUUUUUUCUCGACAAUAGAUUCAUUCUAAAUUUUUUAUACUUGAUAUUAUAUGUAUUAAUAAACCAACAAUACUGAUAAAAA